CUUUUCUCAUGAAGAUAACAGAGCUGUUAAUGCAGCAAUAAUAAAUGGAGUCAGAAGUACUGACACUUCCACACCAUCAAAUGUCAUAAGAGGUAAGUGUUUUCUGCAAAAGUGACCAAAGUUGGGUUCAGUAGUUCAAAUGUAUCUGCAAUAAACUCUGCAUCAAAGGAUAUAAAAGGAAAGCUACAGUUAAGAUUAAUUGUUCAAUUCUGUUUUUUUUUUUUUAUGUACUUCCUUCCUUCCUUUCUUUCUUUCUUUUUUAAUCUUUCAGGUGAUGCUAACAAUUUACAUAUAAUUAUACAUAUUUGAUUGUAAAAUUGCCACAUUCUCUCCUUGUUUUCCUUAAUGUUGAAUAUCUAGCCUGCUAGCAGAAAUCUCUUUUUUUCUGUUGGAAAGAGAGUAGGAGACACCUGCUCACUAGCCAUGAAUAUCCUUCCCUAGUAUAUAUCACACAAAUGAAUGAAGAAUACUUUGUAUACACUGAGUGGCUAACUUGGAGGUGAAAAGCCUUUGUAUUUUACCUCUGAGUAAAAACAAAAUGGUGCAAAGCAGUGAUCACCACUUGUUUUUCUCAAUUUGUCAGAAAAUUAAAUAUUUAUUAGUGGCUGGUUAUUCACUUGCAAAAUGUUAACUGUUUUUGUUCAUGACAGCUGCCAUGAGGGUGCAUUUCAAGACCAAAAAAAGGCAUUAAAAAAACAAAGACACCAACAGACAAGUAAAAGUGCUCCAAGACAUGCGCAUUAGGAGUAGGAAGAAUACAGUAAGUUUUUAGUUACUUGAUAAUUUCAUUACACAGCUUGAAACGAUCCUACUCUAAACUCGCAAAAUUUUACGCCUACCAGUACUACAUAACUAAUGUAAAAUUUAUGUUUGGUACAGAAACGUUUGAAACGCUGCAAAGCUCUAUUCCAAUCUACAUCUAUUGGGGAAGAGGAAAAAGAGAAAUACCGCUUGUGCCUCUCAUCUGCAGAUUACAUGUCCUCAGAACAUUCAAUGUCUGAGGACAACAGUGCUGGGAACAGCAGUUUUGAGGACCAAGCCCCCUCAAAACAAAAGGUGCUAUGUAGGAGGCCUCUUAUUUGGAGGAGCAGUGAGCUAAACUCCCUGUUUAGCCGAUAAGAUCGAAAGAGCACGAGAAAGCGGUCACAGAGGAGUACCUCUGUGAUGAUUGAGAGGAAAGAUGGCCCUCCAUCUACUCGAGAGGCACCAGAAGAUGCUCCAGCAUUUGCUUUGUCAUAAACGAAAUUUGAUUACUAUACAUUUUAGAUACAAAAGAAAAGGUUUUACUUACUAGUAUUGCGACAGCAUGACUUACAGAAGUUCAAAAGUAAAAGACUCACUGAGUUUGGCCAUUUGUUCACUGUUCUUAUGUUAGACAUGUAUCUAGAAUGUAGUAUUGAUAUGAAUAUUGCAAUCAACAAUCCAUCACUGAGGUGAAAAAAAAAAGCGUGUCAAAACAAGUUUAAGAAACUUUAGAGUGUUCUUUGCUUAAAUGGUGGUUUCCUUACAACAAGGCAAAUACUGGAGCAUCUUGUGGUUUUCAGGAAUAUCAUUUGUAAAAUAUUUAGUUGAGGUUUAGGCACUUAUGCUUUAAAUGUGUGGCAGAAAUUUACAUAAAGCUCAUUUGGUUUCUUUUUUUGUUACUGUUCAGUGCAGCUUUCAAACAUUGUUAUCCACUUUUCAAUUUUUUUAAGAACUUGUAGAAAGUAAUUUAGAAAUAUCAGAGAAUGCCAUCAUAGUUAUUGUUACAGUUAAAAAUUUAAAUGAUAAAAAUAAUGUGGUAUGAUAGCAUGCAUAAAUACUCAAUUUACUUUCUUACAGGUAAUUUAGUGUUAACAACUGGGUUGAAAACGUAAAUUAGCCAUCGUAAAGGGUAAAAAAGCUGACGUUUCGAGCGUUAGCCCUUCGUCAGAGCGAUUAGAGGAAUUGUGGGUUGUGUGUGGAUUUAUAUGUAGAAAGUGGAGCUACGCCAUUGGUGGGAAUAUGGUGACGAGAAAACAGGAAUAAAUUAGUUGAAUGAAAAGCGUUCGUUGAUUCCGUGGGGAUUAAGGGUGCCGAUUUGGAAUAUAAAUUUUUGUUCUAGUGUUUUACGGCUUUCCGAACUGCCUAGAUGUAAGGAAAGGCCGCAAACUGCCAUAUGCUGUUUAGAAUGAUAAGGAAGAUUAAAGUGUCUAGCGACUGGUUUGGAUGCGUCCUUGUCAUUUCUUUCCACAUCG